UUGCUUCUGUGCAGAGCUGCCGGGCAGGAAUCUGAAGGCAGGCGUGACGGUAAACUGCCCGAGCACAUACAUUUUAAGGGUUAUUUAUAUAAAUAAAAACUGUAUAUGCUUAAUAGAAAAUUGAAUUAAAACGCUAGCUAUUUAAUCAUCAUGAAGGUGUUAGUAUUGGCUGCUUUUUUUGCCCUGGCUUGUGCUGAACCCAUUGUAUAUUUUCGGGAGCAGUUUGAGGAUGGGGAUGCCUGGAAGAGCCGAUGGGUGGAAUCAAAGCACAAGUCAGACUACGGGAAGUUUGUUCUGACAGCUGGGAAGUUCUACGGAGAUGCGGAGAAAGACAAAGGCCUACAGACAAGCCAGGAUGCCAGGUUCUACUCCCUGUCUUCCCGGUUUGAGCCCUUCAGCAACGAAGGCCAGACCCUGGUCGUCCAGUUCAGCGUGAAGCACGAGCAGAACAUCGACUGUGGUGGCGGCUACAUCAAACUCUUCCCAGCCGACCUCAACCAGGAAGACAUGCACGGGGACUCCGCCUACAACCUCAUGUUUGGGCCUGAUAUCUGUGGUCCAGGGACCAAAAAAGUCCACGUCAUAUUUAAUUACAAGGGAAAGAACCACCUUAUUAACAAAGACAUCCGUUGCAAGGAUGAUGAGUACACUCACCUGUACACCCUGAUCGUCCGCCCUGACAACACCUAUGAGGUAAAGAUGGACAACAAGAAGGUGGAGUCGGGGAGUCUGGAAGAGGACUGGGACUUCCUGCCACCCAAGAAGAUCAAGGACCCUGAGGCCAAAAAGCCAGAAGACUGGGAUGAGCGGGAGAAGAUCGAUGAUCCCGAGGACACAAAGCCUGAGGACUGGGACAAGCCUGAGCACAUUCCUGACCCUGAUGCCAAGAAGCCGGAGGACUGGGAUGACGAGAUGGACGGCGAAUGGGAGCCUCCCAUGAUCACAAACCCUGAGUACAAGGGUGAAUGGAAACCCCGCAAGAUUGAUAACCCCAACUACAAAGGCAAGUGGGUGCACCCUGAAAUCGACAAUCCAGAGUACACUCCCGAUGCUGAAAUCUACAAGUAUGACAGCGCUGGUGUCAUUGGUCUUGACCUGUGGCAGGUGAAAUCGGGCACAAUUUUUGAUAACUUCCUGAUCACAAACGACGAAAAGUUUGCAGAAGAGGUGGGCAAUGAAACAUGGGGUUUAACUAAGGACCCAGAGAAGAAGAUGAAGGAGAGCCAGGAAGAGGAGGAGAGGAAGAAGCGUGAGGAGGAUGAGAAGAAGCUGAAGGAAGAAACAAAGGAGGAGGAAGAUGAAGACGAGGAGGAGGACGAAGAGAAGGAGGAGGAGGAGGACGAUGAGGAAGAGGAGGAAGAAACGGACUCUAACCUCAAGGAUGAGCUGUAAAAAAAAAAAGAAAAAAAACAGGCAGUGAGAAAGAUACCCUGCCGAACUGGAGCCACUCUGGGGAAUAACCCUGUAGGACUUUCAUUUUCCAAUUCAGGCAGGUCUAGGGUGUGUGUGGGGGGCUCUGGUCUCAUCACAAAGGGAGAAAUCUGAACAGCCUUAGGAAAUGCCUUUUUUCAUAACUACAUAGCCUCCCUUUCUGAACUCUUUCACAACUAACAAACACAAGACAGCCCAGCUGGGGGUUUAAUCCUUGCCAGUAGCUACAGGUAUCUUGUGUACCUAACAUUAAUGUUAGCCUGGACCAAACCCAAGCUGUCCUGGGCCAGAGAGCCUGGGGGAGGGGAACUCCCCUUUCCUUGGGGGAAAUGGUUUCCUGUGGUGAUGGUGGGGUGGGGAGGGUUGAAAGGAAAUCUUUGUUUUUUUGUUUUUAGACUAGUUGUUAAUGUAAACUUUUUUUAAGUUAUGGUGUCCUGUAAGGGCCAUUCUUUUCAGAAACCCAUUGUGUGCUUUAAUGUGACAAGUCAAAUGUAAUGGAUCCACUUUCUAUAGAUAGAUCACAUACUGUAUCUCAGUAUCUGGUUUGUUUCAGUAGAAUUUCAAAAUGCUGCACCUUUUUUUUGUUAAGACUCUUUGAGAAGACAUUUCAUCAUUUUGUUUUUCUUUGUAAAGCCCCCUUGUCUUCAUUAGUCUUGCUGCAUUUCCAGUGAAUGUUGUGCGCCGUCCUUUGUAAACCUGUGCUGCUAUUCCUAAUGGGCUCAUUUUGCACCUCUGUCAAUGUUGAGGCCCCUGUCAAAUAAAUCCAUGUGGUCACAGUUUCUAAA